CUGGGACGGCACAAAGCCCAGACGGCACGGAGCGACACACACUCACGCCUUUUUGUAGCGCCGAACUUGCAGCCCGAGAAAGAAAACGAACACAACAAAAAACAGAAGAAAAAUCCGACCCGUUCUUUAUUUUCCCGCACUUUUGUUCUUUUCCUUCCUCAGUUAGUUGGACGCGGUCACUCCUCCUCUCGUCCUCCCCUUCCUUUAUUUGUGUGGUCAUUCAGCGGCGGCGCGUUCUGGCGGAGCGGUUUGUAAGGUGUGUGUUGACGAGGGUGGCGCAGCCUGGCAGGGGAAGAGUGGGCUGAAAGGACAACGCCAGCCUGGCACGGUCUGGACCAACGCCAGCAAUCGCGCUCACACUCCCACUCAGCAGGGGACAUACCCACAGUAGAGCGACGCAUGCAGCCAAUGGAAACCCCACCGUGGAGCCCUUCCCACAGGGAAUGGAGAUGAUCAUGUUUGGGAUGGGCUGUUUCUGGGGAGCCGAGCGACGCUUCUGGAAGACUAAGGGCGUGUUCUCCACCCAGGUGGGUUACGCAGGCGGCUCCACCCCCAACGCCAACUAUCAGGAGGUUUGCUCAGGGCUGACUGGCCACACGGAGGUGGUGAGGGUGGUGUUCGACCCCCAACAGCUCAGCCUGGAGAAGCUCCUCAAGGUCUUCUGGGAGAGUCACAACCCCACUCAAGGUAUGUUACAGGGGAAUGACCGUGGCACUCAGUACCGUUCAGCGAUCUACACGUACAGCCCAGAGCAGCAGGAGGCAGCUCUCGCGUCCAGACAGGCCUACCAGCAGGCGCUGAGUGAGAAGGGUCUGGGUGAGAUCACCACGGAGAUCCGAGAGCUCACCGAGUUCUACUACGCCGAGGACUACCACCAGCAGUACCUGCACAAGGUGCCCAAGGGCUACUGCGGCCUCAAGGGCACCGGCGUCAGCUGCCCACUAGGGGGUGACACCAAGGACGAGCUGUGAGGACCAGCGGGACCGGAGCUUGGAAGAGGAAGAGAUCUCCAAAGCAAAUGAGCGAAGAGACUUCAGAUGCACACUACCUGUAACCUACGCUACACACAUGUGGGAUUCCUCUCUUCUUUUCCAUUGUCUGUGGAGAUACUUUGUUUCCACUAUGAUUCCAUGUUCUUUUGUACUUAAUCGUUGCUAGGAGACAAUCAUCAACAUGCCAAGGCGGCGAUCUUGUCACAUGUCACUGAGCUUCCAUGCAUUCCAUGUGUACAGGGGGUCUGUGUACAAAUGAGUGAUAAAUGUAUUAAAAGAGCAUAUAUUCUAAUAAAUCUCCUCCUCAUGGAUCAAA